GCCCUCUCCUCGCUUACGCACAUCCACACCUUCUGCAGAUCUACCAAUCGCCAUCGCAGGACGGUGUUUGUUGAUCAUAUGCCAAAAUGUGAUUAUACGAUGAUGCUGUAACCCGGUGCAGCCUUCUGUGAUAUAUAUUUUUUUAACCUAUAGGUUAAGUUGGCGCUACGCAGGGAAAUCCUGACAGGAUAGCGUGAGUCUUCGGACGUUUAACGCUUUGACCUUUGACUGGCAGCGAAUGACAAAUCAAAGGUCGGUGUGUGUGCGCGGAGUCGGGGUUCAAAGCGCAUCUCCAGCACGGCACAACACGACGCUCCCGGGAGAAUGCUAGAAAGCGCUCUGAAAGUUGGUCGAUAGCGGCGGAGAUAGCUUCAGCAUCGGCAGAGGGAGCAGCGGCGGCGGCGGCGGCGGCGCACUCGGAGGCUCCAUAGCGGCCACCCUCGGACCGAAGGCAGGCCCGCUGAGAGAGGAGGACUGCAGCACCAUGGACAGCUCAGAUAUGGAUGCCAACUAUGGUGGGGGGCUGUUGGAUAUGGUGAAAGGAGGAGCAGGGAAGUUCUUCAGCAACUUUAAGGAUAACCUGAAGGACACGCUGAAGGACACCUCCACCAAGGUCAUGCAUCAAGUCGCCACGUACACCAAAGGGGAGCUGGACAUUGCCUACAUAACAUCACGGAUAAUAGUGAUGACCUACCCAGCGGAGUCAGUGCAGAUCGGCUACCAGAACCACGUCGAGGACAUCCGCUCCUUCCUCGACAGUCGCCAUGCAGACCACUAUACUGUCUUCAACCUAUCACAGCGCAACUACCGUGGCGCCAAAUUCUCCAACAGAGUCUCAGAGUGUAACUGGCCAUCACGCCAAGCUCCCAGCCUCCACAACCUGUUUGCUGUGUGCAAGAACAUGCACAACUGGCUCAAACAGAAUCCCAAGAAUGUGUGUGUCAUCACCUGCUCGGAUGGUCGUGCUCCCUCCGGUGUUUUGGUCUGUGCCAUGUUCUGCUUCUGCCACCUCUUCAGCAACCCAGUUCCUGCCAUGCAGCUGCUCAGCGCCAAGAGACCAGGUUCUGGCCUCUGGCCUUCACACCGCAGGUACAUAGGCUAUGUGUGUAGCAUGGUAUCAGAGAAGCCCAGCCUACCCCACUCUAAGCCCCUGGUGAUCAAAGGACUCACUAUGAGUCCGGUCCCUUGCUUCAACAAGCAGCGCAGCGGAUGUCGGCCCUUCUGUGAUGUCCUCAUCGGAGAAACCAAGAUCUUCACCACUGCACAGGAGUACGAGAGGAUGAGAGAGCACAGGCUCCAGGAGGGGAAGGUCGGCUUCCCUCUGGGUGUGAGCGUUCAAGGAGAUGUUGUGGUUUCCGUCUACCACAUGAGGUCGACCAUUGGAGGACGUCUGCAGGCCAAGGUGUCCAACACUCAGAUCUUCCAAAUCCAGUUCCACACAGGCUUCAUCGCUCCUGGAACCACCAUGUUAAAGUUUAACAAACCGGAGCUCGAUGCCUGUGACUCUCCUGAGAAGUAUCCCCAGCUGUUCCAUGUGAUACUGGAUAUAGAAGUAGAAGGUGUGGACAAGCAGAAAGACCUGACGCCACCGUGGGAGCAGUUCCCCUGUAAAGACCUGAGUCCCAACGUGCUCUUCUCCUGCCACCAGGAACACCAGGACGCACUGGCUAUUGCUGAUGAGAUGGAGGGCUUGGACCUGGAGGAGCCAAGCAGGCCCCAUGGAGGUCCAGAUGGUCGGGGUCACGGCGAGGAGAGCGAGCCCUCGGACGAUGAGAUGCUCUCUCUCUCCAGUCAGCGAAGCAAUGCCAGCGCGGCCCCCCAGAAACCCGACCCCCCGGCCCCGACGCCCGCCGCCCCAGCACCCGCUGAGGAAGUGGAUCUUCUCGGCCUGGAUGGGGAGGAGAUCAAGCGUCCGUGCUCCUCGUCUCAGCCCCCACCCACAACAGCUGCAACCACUGACCUCCUCGGGGACUUGUUCGGGGCCCCGCCUCAGCCAACCAGUGGACCCUCAUCCGCCCAGUCCACCCCGCACAAAGUAGCCCCCAACACUGCCUCGCCGUGUCCCUCCCCUGCUCCACCAGCAUUCGAUCCCUUUGGUGCGGGGCCCAUGCCUAAGCCUCAGGACAUGAUGGGUUCUUUCCUCGGACCAGGUAACAUGGGCCAGUCAGAUCCUUUCCUGCAUGCUGCUCGCUCACCGUCACCCACCCUGCAGCCCACAGGCCUCGGUCGGAGUUCCCCCGUCCCGCCCUCCACUCCAACCGUCAACAUUCAGCAGCAAAACGCCAUGGGAGGAUGGGACUGGAACAGACCUGCCACCACAAGCACAGGAGGAGGCUUUGGCGUGGGCAGUCGGUCAGCCACUACCAGCCCCACAGGCUCAGUCCACAGCACCCCCACCCACCAGACCAAGCCAAACACCCUGGAUCCAUUUGCUGACAUUGGCAACCUCGGGGGAAGCCUUGGAGGAGGUUCUGGCUUCUCCAGCAAACCCACCACACCUACUGGAACAACUCCCUCCUUCCCUCCAAUGGGAUCCCCAUCGCGGCCGCCACCCUCUCCCCAGCACGCAGGAGGGUGGCAGCCCCAGGCAGGAGCCAGCUUCCCCUCAUGGCAGCCCGGUGCCGGCAGCGGUGGAGGAUGGCAAUCCCAAGGGCAGGGUCCCACUCCGCAGCCAAAGCCCAGCCCCAGCCACACCCCCAUGCCCCACACAUCGCCCCAAAACCGACCCAACUAUAAUGUCAGCUUCUCUGCAAUGGGGGGAGGCUCACCCAGUGCAGGGGGCAAACCACAGGCUGCAAUGGGUUCCAAGCCUAAAGCCUCACAUGCCAACUUUGAUGACCUGCUAUCUGGUCAGGGCUUUGCAGGGACCAAAGAGAAGAAAGGGCCCAGGACUAUAGCAGAGAUGAGGAAGGAGGAGAUGGCCAAAGAGAUGGACCCUGAGAAACUAAAGAUUCUGGACUGGAUUGAGGGGAAGGAGCGUAACAUCCGUGCCCUGCUGUCCACCAUGCACACUGUGCUGUGGGAGGGGGAGACGCGCUGGAAGCCUGUGGGCAUGGCUGACCUGGUUACUCCAGAACAGGUCAAGAAGGUCUACCGCAAAGCAGUCCUGGUCGUUCACCCAGAUAAGGCAACAGGACAACCAUAUGAACAAUAUGCCAAGAUGAUUUUCAUGGAACUAAAUGAUGCCUGGUCAGAAUUUGAAAGCCAAGGACAAAAACCUCUCUAUUAAACACAGAGUGAGAGGAGGUGAGCGAGGAGAGGACGUCCCUGCCGAUUCUGCCGUCUAUUUCUGAAAGUGUUACCACCUCUGGUCAGCAUACUGCAGCCGCAUCCUACAACAUCUGCCUUUAUACCUGUGCUUUGACUCGAGCUUCUCUCCCUGCCACAAACACCCACAAACAUCAGUGAUGACAAAAUACUCCAGAACUGUACCCAGAAUAACAGUGUAACUGAACAAAUGACUCCCUGUAGCUCUAGUGUACCUGCUGUAUGUAUGUGGUGCAACUCUGUCCGUCCUAGUUGAGAGUUCUGAGUUCCAAACCAACCCACCCAAUCAAAGUCAGGACGUCUUGGGAAACAGAGACCUGUUUGAUUCUGAGGAGACAGAUCAAAAGAGGGCAGAAAAAAGCACAUCAGGGAGUAAACUGAGCAGGCGUUUAACAGACUGCUGAGGUUCAGGGUAGUCUGAAAGGCACAACAAGCGUUUUACAGCAUUUAAGCCAUUUUCAAAAUAGAUUUUUCUUUGCACAGUGUGCGAAUCCAUGAUCAGUUCUGUCAUAUCAGAAGUUUUUCAUACAGUUGAAUGUUCCUAGUAAUGAGAAUUAAAACAGCCGCAUCAAGUUACUGUACCCUGAAGCGACAAUUAGCUGAAGCUCAGCCUGUAUUUCAUCAAAAUAGGCUGCUAGGAGGUACAAAUUAACUAUUUAUCUGAUUUAGAAAGUGCAAUUGUUGAUUUUGACAGAAUAGCUUUCAUAUCCAUUAGAAUGUAGUCUGCUGAGGAUAACUGAAAAUGCAAAACUGCAUUACAUUUCAAAAAAGCAAUAAAAUGCUUUUUACAAGAAGGAAAAAAACAACAAAAAUCCAUCUCCUGACCCAAUAUUUGUGUGACAGAUGAAACAAAACGGUGUUGUUCUGUAGGAAUCCUUGGUGUGUCUGAUAUAAUCAAGCCUUGUGUGUGUCCACGUCUGUUAGGAACUGAGGAUUGUAUAUUUUAGGAUUAGCACAUGUACAGUUCCUUACAUGAAGCACCUCGAGGCCUCAUGCAUACUCACUCAUACGGUAACUGAAGUAUUUUUGCAAGGAAGCUCGGUGAAAGCACAAACUGACAACUUUAUUUGGUGCAGCUUUGAAAGAAAGUCGUUAUUUAUUUAUUAGCUCGUUUUUCAUUUUCAGACCUGCUGCAUUUUGGCAUUCAGUGAGACGUUGAUGAAAAAAGGUUCAGGACUUUGGGGCCAUUAUGUUUAAACACAAAGUCACUACAAUGCAAUAAGAAAUUUGAGUUGACUUCACAGAUCUCGCAUGUGACUCUUUCAUAUCUUUGCUGAUCCCAUGUACAGUGUAUGUGCUGAUAUCACAAUGGUUUCAUCAAAAUUUUGAUUUACAACAUGUUUUCCUUUUGAUUACUUGAUUUAUUUUGUUUACUUUUGUGAGACAUUCCUGUCACUGCAUUGAGAUUUUUUUUUAUGAUCAGCAUGCAGCUUUUGGACAUGUAAUCCCGGCACCAUUUCAUAUCAGCAGUAAGGUGCAGCACUCGUGGCUCAAAGUUUUUCAAGAGCAGGUGCUGUUUCUAACAGUUUAAAUCCAACCUAACAGAUGUGAACAUAAAUCUCUCGUCAUAUAAUUUCAUUGAUGUGGUGUAAUUCUUCCUAAGUAUGAUGAUUUCUUUCUGCAUUGGAUCGAUGUUGAAGGGAAACUUACUCAUCAACUGUUUCCUUGUGUAAAAAGUAUUUAAUAAUCCUCUCACAGGAUGAAGUCCUGAGGAAAACAUAUGCAAAAACCAAAAGUAUAUAUAAAAUAAUUAUCAAUUUCUUUGAGAGGUUUGAGAUUUUCACAGGAUGCUAAUAAGAUCAUUAUUAAACCCAUUUUAUUCUGCUUAAAAAUAAUUUACUACAUACAAGCUGAGCAGACUAUUUGCCUUCACAUGUGUACAAACUGUUUCAGUUUUUUUACAAAGUUGCCGUUUCCAUGCUCUCACUCACGGCAAGAUGAACGAUGAUACUUUCAUUUUUUCUGUUUGGCAUCCAACUGUCUUUUCCCCUCACUGGAGUUCUUCCUCCCUGCGUGCUUUCCAGUUUGUUCACCUGCAUUAUGGAUGUUGACUGAACUCUGACCAGCGUAAGAAAAGAGUGUGUGACUGCUGUAAAGCGCUCUUUCUUCAGGACACACAACAAAACUGGAGAAAAUUUGUGUCUCGAUUGAAAUGGGUCCCUGAGCAAGACACUGGGGUCUCAGGCUGGAAACACUGAAUCUUGUGACAGCAGCUUUUUUUUUUUGGUUCAGUGACUUAAGAGAUAUGAGAAGUGUGUAGUAUCAUGCGUUUAUGCUCUAUUUACACUGAGGACCUACAUGUGAAGUAACCCUCAUAAGCUCCCUCGCUGACUGAAUCUGCAACCUUACGGCUAUGUUAAAAAGCUAACCUCUAUAUUGUAGUUAAUGGAUGUGUGUUGUUUGAAGUUGUACGUAUGAAAGUGAUCAGAUUUGGAUACGGAGUACUGUAUGUUAUGUGUUUGCCUGUCGGCUGUUCAAGUAUUACUAAAUUGUGUACAAAUUCCGUUCAUGUGUUUCUUUUCAGUCCUGUUUACCAUUACAGGAUGUAUAUAAGAAUCAAGUGCAGUGCACAACAAUAAACCGUAAACAGAGA